AUGAAGAAAGUGUUGUUGCUUCCGUCGAGGACGACGACGUCCGUGGCGUUUCUGGCGGUGGCCUUGGUGACCACGACUGUCUUUGCCAUCUCCGGUGGCGCGGCGGCAGAGGCGGCGGCGCCGCAUCGGAUUCUGGUGGACACGGACAUGGACACCGACGACUUGCUCGCGCUGCUCUACAUCCUCAAGCAGAACCGCUCCGAGUUCGACCUCAAGGCAGUUACCAUCGAUGCAAAUGUGUGGAGUGAUGCUGGACAUGCUGUGAAUCAUAUGUAUGAUCUGCUCUAUAUGAUGGGUCGUGAUGACAUCCCAGUUGGUGUCGGUGGUGAUGGUGGAAUAUCAGACUCAGGCACCAUAUAUCCAAAUGUCGGUGGUUAUUUACCACUGAUUGAUCAGGGCAUGACAACGGUUGGAGGCUGCCGGUACAGGCAAGCUAUUCCACUAGAAGGUGGUGGACGGUUGGAUGUGGACACAAACUAUGGAAUCAGAAAGGGCUUCCUUCCACAGGGUCACAGAAGAUAUAUGCCACUUCAGCAACCUACAGCACAACAAGUAUUGAUAGACACAAUUUCUGCUGGCCCUACAACAGUCUUUCUCAUAGGAUCACACACAAACUUCGCCAUUUUUCUCAUGACAUAUCCACACCUGAAGAGAAAUGUGGAGCACAUAUACAUUAUGGGUGGUGGAGUGAGAUCAAAGAACCCUACAGGUUGCUGUCCAAAAAAUUCUACAGGUUGUACGCCACAGCAGUGUGGUGACCAUGGUAACAUGUUUACUAGUUACUCUACCAACCCAAAUGCAGAAUUCAACAUAUUCGGAGAUCCUUUCGCCGCAUACCAGGUGUUUCACUCUGGCAUACCAAUUACUCUUGUUCCUCUUGAUGCGACAAAUACAAUUCCAAUCAACAAAGAAUUCUUCGAUGAAUUUGAGCGUCGUCAGAGUACUUAUGAGGCGCAAUACUGCUUCAAGUCUUUAAAGAUGGCUCGUGACACAUGGUUCAAUGACGAAUUCUAUACAAGCUAUUUUAUGUGGGAUUCUUUUACCUCUGGUGUUGCCAUUUCCAGCAUGCGCAAUGAUAAGAAUGGUAAAUAUGGAAACGAUUUUGCUCAGCUUGAAUAUAUGAACAUUACAGUAGUAACUUCAAACAAACCAUAUGGUGUGCAUGAUGGCUCAAACCCAUUAUUCGACGGUCGUACUACUCCCAAGUUUGGUCUUCAAAAGGUUGGAGUUCAUAGUGGUCAUGUUCAAACUGGGAUUACAGAUAGCUUCUGUCGUGUCAAGGGCAGUAAUAAAGGAAGAUGCGAGGAUGGAUACACUAAGGAAGUUUCCAGCCCAGAAGCAGCCUGCAUUCGUGUUGCUACAGAAGCUAAGCCAAACGUGGAUAAGAAUAGCCCUCUGGACAGGGAGUUUUUCGUGAGCUUCCUAGAGGCACUAAACCUUCAGGAAAACUCUGGCCGUUUCGACAUUAAGGCACAAUUUCCAUUCUACAGAGAGGUUCUUAAUAAGCCAGCAUUGAAAAGCAAGAAAACGGGGAGACCUGUUAUUAUUGACAUGGACAUGAGUCCUGGCGAUUUUGUCUCCCUUAUAUACCUCUUAAAGGCACCUACUGAAGUAAUAGAUUUGAAGGGGAUUUUGGUCAGUGGCAAUGGGUGGGCCAAUGUUGCAAGCAUUGAUAUCAUUUAUGACAUUUUACAUAUGAUGGGCCAUGAUGACAUUCCUGUUGGACGUGGUAAUACCACUGCAAUAGGAACUCCAAGUCUUGGUUGCGAAUAUGUCAGUAUUAUUCCCCAAGGCAGUGGAGGACUUAUUGACUCAGACACUCUCUAUGGACUAGCUCGAUCAUUGCCAAGAAGCCCUAGAAGGUAUACUGCUGAAAAUUCAGUAAAAUAUGGUGCUCCUAGAAACACUGACCAUCCAGAACUUCGGCAGCCAUUGGCUUUUGAAGUUUGGCAGUCUAUCAAAGAGCAGCUUGAUCCAAGUGAGAAGAUCACUAUUCUUACCAAUGGACCUCUUACAAAUUUAGCCAAUAUCAUGCUCUCUGACAGGAAUUCAAGUUCUGUAAUAGAGAAGGUCUACGCUGUUGGAGGCCAUAUCAGAGAUGAAAAUGAUUCGAAGGGAAAUUUGUUUACUGUUCCAUCAAAUAGAUAUUCAGAGUUUAAUAUGUUUCUUGAUCCACUAGCUGCGAAAACAGUCCUGGAGUCAUCUCUGGAUAUCACACUUAUUCCUCUUAGCUCUCAAAGAAAAGCAGCCUCCUUUGAAUGUAUCCUUCAAGCUCUAAAGCAUACUGAUCAUACUCCAGAAUCAAGUUUUGUGCACCGAUUGCUGCUCUCACUACAUGAUCUUCAGCAGAAGCAUGGGCUUUACCACCAUAUGAUUUUUCUUUCAAACAUUCAACAGCUAUUGACUUUGAACAAGGUUUAA